AUGAUAUCAAGACGUGAUAAAUUUCUUGUUCGACCAUGGCAGCAGCAACGGUUUGAUAAUCAUAGAAGAAAAGUUAAAAGUGCUCGUCCAGCAAUAGACAAUAAAUGUCCCACAGAAUACCCUCAUGUUACAACUAAAUGGAAAAAAAUUCAGGCUGAAACAGAAAGGUUACAGCGUAUUAACAAAGAAAAUUGCAGGCUGUUGCAGCGCUUGGGUGAUAUUAUGAGUUCCAAACGUUUGGAAAAUUUUUGGCAGCAGCCAAGGCCUAAUUUUUUAAAUCGUGAAAAAAUUGAAUGGAACCGUCCAAAAACCUGCAAGGGUAGAAUCGAAAGUACAGCAAUUCUUGACGUAUCUCCCAUAAACAGUUCUAAGGAAAUUUUAACUCCAAGCACAUUAUAUUCAUCAAGAAUUUCAACAAACCGAACAAAGGGUUCUCAAAGAUGUCCAACUUGUUCCGGUCGGCCUUUCAAAAGAAAUCAAGUUAUACCAGAACCUCGAACACCAUGGGAACUUCCCAAAAAAUCGUGGAACAGAAAAAUACAUACGGAUGAACUUGAAACGUCCAAAGUCUGCUCUAAAUGUGGGUGUUUCUAA